UCUCUGCGUCAUCUUUAUUAUAAAAUUGUCCAUUUUGACUGAUAGACACUCUUCCAUUCAUUUCUAUCUUCUAAAAUGAUAAGAAUGUCUGUUGUCUCUAUUUCUCUCGUUCUAUGUACUCUCUCACUUGUCUCUUCUCUAAAUAUCCUAGUUCACUCACCUGCUUAUGCGGCAAGUCACACCAAUUUUAUGGCAAGAUUGGCGGAUACGCUCACCGAAGCUGGUCAUAAUGUGACAUUUCUAGUUCCAAUUGCACUUGAAGAACGAAGAGAUAAACUUGGCGUAAAAUUAACAAAAGAUGUGAUAAUUGUUGAACAAGAUGAGGAAAUGAAAAGCAAAUUGGUUCCUCACAGUGGAAGUAUUGAGUUUCUAUGGAUUAUUGAGAUGGAUUCUUCAAGUAUUGAUGCGAUGUUCUCCUGGUAUAAUGAAAUUAUGAUUCUGACAUGUGAGAAUUUCAUGAGAAACAAGCAAGUCAUGAGUGAACUGAAAUCCCGUCACUUUGACGUCGCAAUUGCUGAACCAUUCACAAUUUGUGGACUCGGAUUAUUUGAAGAAUUGAAUAUCAAGAAGACAAUACUGGUCUCCUCUUGUGCUCACUAUGACUUCAUGCUACCACAUAUUGGAGAGCCCGAGGAUUUCAGCUCAGUUCCUACUCUUUCGAGCAAAGUUGGAGAAGAGAUGAGCAUGACGGAAAAAUGGGAAAAUUAUCGACUGGUUGCUGAAACAAAAGCAAGUCUCGCCAAACUGUUCGAUGCAGAAACAAGAAUUUAUCGUGAAUCAUUUGGAAGUGAUAUUCCUGAUUGGAAAGAGCUAAUGUCAUCUGCGUCUCUUUAUUUCACAAAUUCCAAUCCAUUCAUUGAUUAUCCACGUGCUUCAAUUCAAAAAACAAUUUCAAUUGGUGGGAUUACUGUAGAUUUUCAACAAAUCAAGUCAGAAAAACUGAAUAAAGAAUGGGAAGAAGUUUUGAAUAAAAGACAGAAAUCAAUGUUAAUCUCGUUUGGAUCAAAUGUACCAUCUGAUAAAAUGCCGGCUGCGUGGAAAGCCGGAAUAUUCGAGACUAUCAAAUCAAUGCCAAAUGUCACAUUCAUCUGGAAAUAUGAAUCCGAUGAUGUCUCGUUUGCUGAUGGAAUUUCAAAUAUUCACUUUUCAAAAUGGGUACCUCAAACAGCUCUUCUCAAUGACCCUCGGUUAUCCGCUUUCCUUACACAUGGAGGUCUCGGCUCAACAAAUGAAUUGGCUUAUUGUGCAAAACCAGCUGUUAUGGUUCCAAUUUACGGUGAUCAAACUAGAAAUGCGAAUAUGCUUGCAAGACAUGGUUCAGUUAUUGUACUUCACAAGAAGGAAUUGGCAAAUGUGCAACGAGUUAAAAAAGCUGUACAUGACAUUCUUUACAACAAACAGUACACGGAAAGUGCUGAAAGAAUAGCUGAAAUGAUCAAAAAUCAACCAAAAACGCCAAAAGAAACUGUUGUAAGAUAUACUGAAUUUGUGGCAAAGUACGGACCAUUCCCUCAAAUGGCUCCUCAUGGCCGAAAGCUCACCUAUUUCCAGAAGACAUUCCUAGAUAUUUAUUCCCUGUUUGCUUUAGGUGUAGUUAGUGUAUUAACUGUUGCUUUCUUAGUUAUACGAUAUGUUUUGAGUUGUUUCAAACUGAAGAAAGAUUAGACAUUUGGAAAUUCUUAGAUAUAAUUGUUUUUUGUUCCAAUUUUGAUACCGAUAAUAAAAAUAUUUGAUAUUUGCGCACAUUGUGGAUGUACAAUAAUACUAUUAGGGAACAACUUCCCCCAUUAACUGUUUUAAUAUAAUUUUAAAAAACAAGUGCAAUUAGAAAAUAAAAAUCUAGUUUUCACUAUUUUAUUAUAAUUCUCUUUAACUCUUAUCAUAUUGUUUUUCAACACCGCCUACCGACUGAUGAUCUUACCAAAUAAACU